GUCGGCAGUCGGGAUUGCGAGGGGCGAGGGGGGUUGGGGACUGGCAUUGAUUGCAGGCAUUGCAGGCAUUGCAGGCAUCCAGGCAUCCAGGCAUCCAGGCAUCCCCGGAGCUGCCUGGAUGCCUGCAAAACUCGGCAUUCACAGCCCGACCUCGUGUUUCCCUCUGCCUUUCUUUGUCCAACUUCACUUUCAUCCCUCCAGGCACCCUUCGCCUGCUCCUUCCAGGCCAAAUCCGGUCCUCUCACCCGCCUGUUCCCUCUGCUGAUAUGAUUUCCUGGACUGGUGACUGAAUUCUCCUUCCUCCCAACAACAAGGUCCCAUCAUUCCGGAUCAGUCAGAAUCGCUCUCCCCUCGGCAUCCCACGGCAUCGGCAAUUAUUCGGGCAGAUAUGGCGCCUGUCAACCUGCUGGCUCGUGUUAAGACUUUGUAUUCAAAGGGCUAUAAUGAACCUGCCAUUUCGCCACAGACGGCUGCCUUCUUUUCGGUAUUUUUGACGCUGGUCUAUGUGGUUCCAUUUUAUGUAAAUUCAACGACCCGACCGUCUCCGACUCUUAGUCGAGAUGCGCCGUCUGUUAUCCGGGCUAGAAUCAGAGCCGUGACAUCCUCGUGCAUUAUCAGCACCCUGGCUGUGCUGUGGCUCAUUGUCGGCCAAGAUGACACAUCUCUCCCCGAGGCUCUUCAUUCCCUUGGAUGGUGGCCCGUCAGUCUCGCGGACAUCUUGCGCAGCUUACUUCUGACGGCCAUUCUCUUCUCCGGGCCCCUCUUCGAGCGUGGCAUCGCGGAGGGCGAAUGGAGAGAAUGGGUUCGAGGAGGCAGAGUUACGGCUGUGCUUCGCAGCUGGAUGGGCUGGAGAAACUAUGUCGCGGGUCCGAUCACUGAGGAGGUCAUGUUCCGAUCUGCCAUCAUUCCUCUCCACCUUAUUGCCAAAGUCAACCCCGGACGCAUCGUAUUUGUGGCUCCACUUUAUUUCGGAAUCGCCCAUGUGCAUCAUUUCUAUGAGUUCCGCCUCACUCACCCCGACACAUCGGUCAUUGCGGUAUUCCUGCGAUCCAUGUUUCAGUUCGGUUACACCACAAUAUUUGGCUGGUAUGCCACGUUCCUAUAUCUGCGCACAGGCUCGCUGCCAGCGGCCAUUCUCGCCCACACUUUCUGCAAUUGGUGCGGACUUCCGCGACUGUGGGGGAGAGUCGAGGCGGGGGUGCCCUUUGCCCCUCCGUUCGCAAAGGGCAAGGAUGAUUCGGACGGAUCGUAUGGUCAGCUCGGUCUAGGCUGGACGGUCACGUACUACCUGCUUCUCGUGGGUGGAGCAGUUGGCUUCUACUACGCCCUAUGGCCUCUGACGGACUCUGUUCAUGCUUUGGCCAGCUUUUCGAGCUCCUCUAAAUAAGCUUAAUAUGGUACCAUUCGGCAAAUAGCUCCCUGGGUUAUUCACGUCACGGCCUUCAUACUUUUCACAUCUGGCUUACUCUUUCCUUUUGCGUAUCAUGGAUCUGCGAUAUACACCGUUAAUAUUACUGAGACCCGAUCCUGCACAAUUAAUGACCUGCACUCUCGUCAGCACCUACCCUACGAUCAUGUUUUAUACUACUUUGGUUUGUUACUAUCUACAGCUGCACAAUUUUUCUUCAAUAUGAAAUCUUAAUCCCUUC